CCUGUCACCGCUCCACGUCCUUGUCCCCAUCUCUACGCAUAUACGCUCUGUAUACGUAUAAAGUAACCUUCCGUAUAAAUAUACUGUCGUGAAACCCUAGCUGCUCUCACCCUACCAAUCGCUUUCACCUCACUGCCUCGAUCUGGAGUCCUUAGAUUCUCUUCCAUGGCCGCAGGCUCUCCCCCGACUUCGCCGCCCCAGGAGGCGCCGCCGCUCCUACUUGAUACUAAGAAGCCGAUUCGGAUCCGCUCCGUUUGGGCCAAAAACCUCGAAUCCGAAAUCUCCUUGAUCCGUGGUCUCGUUGACCGUUACUGUUUCGUGUCCAUGGAUACUGAGUUCCCCGGCGUGGUUUUCCGGCGGGAGCUCCGGUCUCGGGACCCGGACGAGCAUUAUAGAACUCUGAAGUCGAAUGUUGAUAAGCUUAAACUCAUUCAGGUUGGGAUUACUCUCACUGAUGCACAAGGAAACCUACCAGACCUUUCCUCCCCUUUUCGCUACAUUUGGGAGUUUAACUUCUGUGACUUUGAUGUGGCGCGUGAUGACCACGCUCCUGGAUCCAUUGAGCUUCUCCGGCAGCAGGGGAUUGAUUUUGAAAAAACUCAAGCUUUUGGCGCCGAUACCGCCCACUUUGCUGAGCUAAUGAUGUCUUCCGGCCUCAUCUGCAACGAUGAAGUCACGUUCAUCACCUUCCACAGCGGCUAUGACUUUGGUUACCUGAUCAAAGCCCUCCGCGGUGGCUGUGACUUGCCUGGGACACUAGGGGAAUUUCUGGAAUUGCUCACGGUGUUCUUCGGCAAUAAGGUGUAUGAUGUCAAACAUUUGAUGAAAUUCUGCUCAAAUCUCCAUGGUGGGUUGGACCGUGUUGCCAGUAUGCUUCAGGUGAGCCGGGAUGUCGGGAAGUGUCACCAGGCUGGCUCGGAUAGCUUGCUGACUUGGCAUGCUUUUCAGCAGAUCAGGAAGACAUACUUUGAGGACAAAGAGGCUCUUACUGAAAAGUAUGCCGGCGUUCUUUAUGGGUUAGAGAUCUUCUCUCCGUAGGCUCUGUAGAUUAUGAGUCAUCGGUUGAAAUUUCUCAGUUAAGCUGUACAAUCAAUUUGCUUAAUAUUAAAAAAGAAAAUAUGGUUAUAGUUUAA